GGUGUUUUUCCACUCUCUCCGUUAUUACACGCGCUCGCAUAUAAGACAGAAGUCGGGGGGAGAGGGCGUAAAGAUUAUUUCCCUCGCUUUGUAGCCUCACCACAAGAAGACAAAAGAACAAGAGACGGACUUGAGCAAUAAAUUGCAUUGUCAGUAUGGCACAGAAGGAAAAAUUGCAGUGUCUCAAAGAUUUCCAUAAGGACACGUUGAAGCCGUCUCCCGGUAAGAGUCCCGGCACGCGUCCUGAAGACGAGGCGGAGGGCAAAGCGCCACAGCGGGAGAAAUGGGCCAGCAAGCUGGAUUUCGUGCUCUCUGUGGCCGGAGGUUUCGUUGGUUUAGGCAACGUUUGGCGAUUCCCGUACCUCUGCUACAAGAAUGGCGGAGGUGCAUUUCUCAUCCCCUACUUCAUAUUUCUGUUUGGUGGAGGUUUGCCCGUCUUCUUUCUGGAGGUUGCGCUCGGCCAGUUCACCUCUGAGGGAGGAAUCACCUGCUGGGGGAAACUCUGCCCCAUUUUCACCGGAAUCGGCUACGCUUCGGUCGUGAUCGUGUCUCUGCUGAACAUCUACUACAUCGUGAUCCUGGCGUGGGGUCUGUACUACCUGCUGCAGUGUUUCCAGCACGAGCUGCCCUGGGCCCGCUGCAGACACAGCUGGAACACCGCGAACUGUGUGGAGGACACCAUCCGCAAGAACAAAAGCCUCUGGCUCUCCGCCAACAUCACCAAUCUCACCAACCUUACCUCGCCGGUCACCGAAUUCUGGGAGCGGAACGUCCUCAGCAUCUCUUCGGGGAUCGAUGAGGUCGGCGGUCUGAAGUGGGAGCUGGCGCUUUGCCUGCUGGCCGUCUGGAUCAUCUGCUUCUUCUGCAUCUGGAAAGGAGUCAAAUCUACCGGCAAGGUGGUCUAUUUCACAGCGACGUUUCCUUUCCUCAUGCUGAUUGUGCUGCUGGUUCGUGGUGUGACUCUGCCUGGUGCCUCCGAGGGCAUCAAGUUUUACCUUUACCCCGAUCUGACCCGCCUAAAAGACCCUGAGGUGUGGAUUGAUGCAGGCACUCAGAUCUUUUUCUCAUAUGCUAUUUGUCUUGGUGCGAUGACAUCACUGGGAAGCUACAACAAGUACAAGUAUAACUGUUACAGGGACUGCAUGCUGCUCGGAUGCCUGAACAGCGGUACCAGUUUCGUGUCAGGCUUUGCCAUCUUCUCCGUCCUGGGGUUCAUGGCACAGGAGCAGGGCGUGGCCAUCGCCGAUGUGGCAGAGUCAGGUCCUGGUCUGGCCUUCAUCGCGUAUCCAAAGGCCGUCACCAUGAUGCCACUGCCGACGGUCUGGGCCAUACUUUUCUUCAUAAUGCUUCUGCUGCUGGGCCUAGACAGUCAGUUUGUAGAAGUGGAGGGUCAGAUCACCUCUCUGGUGGACCUGUACCCAUCCCUCCUAAGGAAGGGAUACCGGAGAGAAAUCUUCAUCGCUGUAAUCUGCGUCAUCAGUUACCUGCUGGGACUCACCAUGGUCACUAAAGGUGGCAUGUACGUCUUCCAGCUGUUUGACUACUACGCCGCCAGCGGUGUGUGCCUUCUCUGGGUUGCAUUCUUUGAAUGUGUUGCAGUAGCCUGGGUUUACGGGGCUGAUAAUUUCUACGAUGCUAUAGAGGACAUGAUCGGCUACAGACCCAACGGCUGGAUGAAAUGGAGCUGGAUGCUGAUCACUCCUGUCCUUUGUGUGGGUUGUUUUGUCUUUUCACUGGUGAAGUACAAGCCGCUCACCUAUAACAAGUUUUAUGAGUAUCCUGAUUGGUCCAUUGGAUUGGGUUGGGCUCUUGCGCUGGCUUCUAUGAUUUGCAUCCCGAUGAUGGUCGUCAUCAAAAUCAUCCAAUCAGACGGCUCCCUGAUAGAGCGGAUCAAAGCCGUGGCGGCGCCUGUUAAAGGAGGUGCGAGCUCUCGCCCGAAGGAGUACUGUGUGAAGAACAGUGAGCUGCUUCACCCGCUGGACCCCAACGGCAUCCACACCUUCACCAAACACAGCCAUACCAUCGUAGAAACUACUAUGUGAGGCUCUCUAAGAGAGAUUCCCAUAUUCUCCCACUCCUGUCCUCUCCUAUGGGAGAUCCCGUUUAUCUGUUGUCCCGCUCCUUUCCCCACCAUUCCUCUCUCUCGCUCUGCACUAGUGUGUUUUUAUGAAAUGAUCUUAUAUCGAUAUAUCUUUUUUGCCAUGUAGGAUUUGUAUUCUGAUUGUAAUCAAUGGUAUUAGCAUUAAUGCUGAUAUUGUAAUAACCUGAUGUGAGCUUUAGCCGUCUGGGGUGGUUUGUUUAAUCUGUAGUGCACUGUUUCACAUUAAACCACGUCCUAACCAGGAGCGACACAGGAUUUACUGCUCAUUGCAUUACGAUUUCUUAAACCGCCACAAUGAGACAUUUUGCUUUCUAUUUUGGUCCUGUCACUCUGAAUAGCCCCGCCCACAGUAAUAUUUUUUAUUUCAUUUUUAUUAUUUGAAUCACUUUAAAUGUUAAUUAAAUGUAAUUUUAAUUAAAUUUUUAUUUUAUUUGAAUUAAGUGAAUUCAGACUUUUCUACUUCCCUUCAAUAAUACAUUUAUUUUAAAAAGACUUAAAAUCAGGAAAUUUCUACUUUCUUUAAAAAAGAUAUCAUUUAAUUAAUUCAGAUUUUAAUUAAUUUGAUAUGAUAUACAUAGAUACCCUUUUUGUAAAAAAUAAUAAUAAUAAUAAUUUUAUAGUUUUAGUUUAAUUGUGAAUGCUGUUCACACUAAAUCUAAAACAACAUUUUAAAAUAGGUUUAUAAUAGCAUCAAUAAUUUCAGUUCUGGGCUAUACCAAAAAUAAAUAUGGAACCAUCAUAAUAAAUUCUAUAUCACUGCUUUAUUUUUAUAAUAUUCUUGAAUACCACUUUACUCACUCAAAUAAAUGAAUGCAAUGUCACAGCAAAAUCUGAUUGGUCCAAAAUCCUGCUCCGCAUAGAUUUACAUACAUAAAUCUUUGAUUAUAUUCUGAUUUUAUCGCUUUGCAUGGCCUUUUACUUUCUGUGAGGACUUUUAUUGUGUCGCACCUGGUUAGGACUCAGUUCAUCAGCAGAGAGAGCGAGUUUUAGCUUGAUUUUUAGAAAAAGACUUACUGUAAAACAGCAACAAACUAAAUGUGACAUAAGCUACAUUAUGACGUCCGUCAGUGGUUGUGGCAGUAACUCUCGUUUCGAUGAGGUUUUUAAAUGUUCUUUGUCUUGAAGAAAAAUGAAUGUACCUCCGCUUUGAGCGGACGCUGUGCACAGACAUGCACAAACACGUAAGACAUAAGCAAACCUUAACGCUCUGUCCUUUCGUCUCUCCUUUGAACCAUAGUGAUCACUGCCAUCACACAUCGAGCCACCGAGUUCCUCUAACACUGUAGGCAGCUGUUCACACUAAUAUAAGUAUCAUUUGAUGCACUAUUAUAAGUGUCAUUUACUGUAAGAUGAUCCGAGAGCUGAUGAUUAUCAACAACAUGCAGAGCUUUUUGGCAGCACUUUAUUAGCUGUUCAUGUACAGCGGGGUCUGAAAGGUCUGAGAAUGCUUAUAUAUAACGGUUAAAGUUCUGCUUUUUUCAAGAAAAUAAAUUUAUCAGUCAUAUUUGAAUUCAUUUGGUAUUGUAUACAUUUUUAAAAAGACUACUAUAUAUAUAUAUUAUAUAUAAUAGUCUUUUAAAAAUGCAUAUAUAUUGUGUGUGUGUAUAUUCAUUUUUUGGAUUGUUUUCAUUAUGGAUUAUACUAUCACCAUAAGAAUUUGAGGAGAAAGCUGACAUGAACAAAACCUGACGAGCAACUCGUGCUUCGAUGGACCGUCUGUACAAAGAGCCAUAUGAUCAAUGCCACUAAUUCAGUUUAAUUAGUGACCUAGAAAUAGUGCAGAAUUUAGUUUUGUUUGUUUCUCGAAGUUUUGAUUCCCAGGCAUUUCAGACGUUUGGAGGCCGCUGUAUAUCACAUGAUUCAGCACAGCCAAACUCGCUCACAAUCAUCAAACCAUCAGCUUUCAGUACGAACGCAGGAAACCUGGGCUUUAUGUCCUUGCACAGAGACACUGCCAUUCCCCUCUCUGGCCUAAGAAUGAGAUUGUGCAAUUGUCUCUUGAGCCUUAAAACCUCCAAAUAUUCAAGCUAAUCACCAACAGCAAAGAACUGCCCCUCCUAAUACCUCUGUGUCCUUUCCCUUCGACCACCCACCCUCCAGAUACCAUCCCCUCUGACCCCAGCGUCUUUGUACACAUCAGCUCAUCCGACCUGUCCUAUGACCCCUGAACCCUCUCACCUAUUUCCACCAAUCUUGAGCUAACUGUUCACGAAGCAAGUGUUUGCUCAUUUGUAGUAUUUUCAUUUAUCUACAAUUUGACUUUUUGUAUUUAACCAUUUUAUACUGUACCUGAUGUGAUUGGUCAUUUGCCUAUAUUUUUUCUGAAUGUAUUCAGAAAUUUAUAUUUAAACGUUGAUUAGUCGUCAGCCUAAAUGCAACUUGCAGUGUGCAAUAUUUGUAACCAACUGGCUUUGUCCAUUUUUUAUUCUAAGUUCAGCUGGAAAGUACUGUAUUAUGAUGAAAACACGAAAUUCAAGAUACAAUUUUUCAUUCACAUUUUUGCUGUACUGUAAGGUAACUUGAUUAAACAAAAAUUCUUGUAAAACCAAAGUAGUUUUGUGACAGAGACCAUUCUAGAUGCAUAUUGCAUCUUUCAAACAAAAUAAAAAUGUCCAAUCUUG